AAGUGAGCGGUGACUUUCUUGGAUGCACACGCUCUGUCUGAUGUAUAUUUUGAUUUUUUUCGAUACAUAAUAAAGUCGCGUAGCCGCAUAGUUUGACAGGUUUCACCCGCUGUAGGAUAACACACGUAUCGAGGACAGAGAGCGAGCCCUUCAAAUCGGAUAAUUUUAUUAUGGAGACCGACAGGCGAUCGGAUUUGUACGACGAAUGGAAAAGACGGGCCUUCCUGGGUCCGCUUCCACAAGGAUUCCUGGGUGUAGAAGAGCGCAAUGCCCAACAGCAACAGGAAGCAGCGGAUCAGCAAGCUGCGCUUGCCCUCCAUCAACUGCAGAUGCAAAGCAUGCCAGGAAUGCACGAACAGCACGUCGGCAGACUUAGUAUAACAAUCGCUCAGGCUAAACUAGUGAAAAACUAUGGAAUGACAAGGAUGGAUCCUUACGUAAGGAUGAGAGUGGGCCACGCAAUUUACGAGACACACACAUGCUCUAAUGGAGCAAAGAAUCCGCAUUGGAACAAAGUCAUCCAAUGCUAUCUGCCACCAGGAGUUACGCAGAUAUAUGUUGAAAUUUACGACGAGUGUUCUUUUGUGAUGGACGAGUUAAUCGCAUGGGGCCACAUAGAUAUCCCACCUCAAGUUCUUCAAAAAGGAGAAACACACGAAGAUUGGUACAUGCUCAGUGGGAAACAGGGAGACAAUCAAGAAGGGAUGAUAAAUCUAGUUUUUAGUUACACGGUAAAGACAAAGUGCCAUCCAUACAUGAGUGCACCCCCAGUCAUGAUGGUUCCCUCUUCAACAAUGUUUGGUGCAGCGCCAUAUGCACCAGUGAAUGUCUACACAGCACCACCUGCAGCUGCGGUACCUCCUAUUCCCAGUUCUAUGCCAAACGCUGAGGUCGAAUUAAAACAGAUCUCCGAAAUGUUUCCAAACGUGGACAAGGAGGUGAUCAGAUCAGUCUACGACGCGAAUCAUGGAAAAAAAGACGUGACCAUAAAUUCGCUACUUCAAAUGUGCGAAUAAGCGAUCUUUUUUUUUAUAAAUUAUCAUAUUUAAUUCCAAAGGCCGUAUUUGUAUUUUCCGCUAUGCUGUAUUUCUUUCGAAGUGUAAUAUAUCUGCGAACUGUCGCCAUGCA